AUGAUUUUCACAGUCGUUCUGAUUGCACUGUGUAGUAUUUUGACGCACACUUUGACGCAAGGCUGCCAACUUCCCUCCGAGUGGCGGCCGCUGAGCGAGGGAUGCCGAGCGGAGUUGGCCGAAAUCAUCGUGUACGCGCGGGUUCUGGCCAUCCAUCGGGAGCCGCUGGCUGGCGGAGGGGCGGACAGCCUGUACAAUUCGCUGCCAGUCGGGUUCGGAUACGGGUACGAGGGUGCUGAGGAAGGGCUGCUGUACUCGGCCGAGGUGGAACUCCUGUGCGAUCAAGCCUGGGGGAGCAUGUUGGAGGUCCCGGCGGGGUCGCGUCUUAAUUUCACCGGCCUGGGUUACCUUUCUUGCCAAUCUCACACGGUGAUGGAGAACUACUCCUACUUUUUCUUCCUUAGGAUGGACGAGAACUACAACAUCCUUCCCCACGGGGUCAACUUCCAAGAUGCCAUCUUCCCCGACACAACCGAGAACCGACGCACCUUCUCCAGCCUCUUCCAGUUCUCCAACUGUAGCCAGGGAAGCCAACCUUUCCACACCUUCACCCCCGAGUGGGAUACUGUGGAGGACAGCAGGCUGCUGUGCUCUUCCGUGCAAGCGGCGCUGUUCGAGGAGGAGGAGCGUGGCCGGCGGCUGCAGGAGCGACUGGCCGCCGCCGAGCACAGGAACAAGCAGCUGAAGGGGCGCGUACGCAAGGUCAAGCGCUCCCUGAGGAACGCCCGUAAGGCCGUGAAGAAGGCAGAGCAGGAGGCUCGGGAUUUGCUGCGAGAACUCAAAGCGGUACGAGACGGUCAUCAUCUCAACACCAUCACUCAAGAAGAACCUCCACCGGGGCGAUACGCCGGCACAGGCCUGCGGCCAAGAAUGCAACUCUGA